CAGCCAUUUUUAAUCUUUAUCUGUGUCCCCUUUCUGUGUUUUUUUUUUCCUCUGAAAUUCUGAGUCUUCACUGUCUCUGUUUUAUUAAAUUUUCACUAUUAAAUAUUCUUGAUUUUAAACCAUUUUUUAUUUUUUUUUAAUUUUUUUGAGAGAUAAAAGGUAUAAAAUCUAACACCCUUUUCAGGUUUGAAUCUAUCUUGCUGCAAUUUGCUGUAUUAACAUGGCUGUGAUGGAUGAGAUUGGAAUUGAUGUCAGCUCGGACAUUGAAAUUGAUGACAUAAAGUGUGAUAUAGCCGAAAAGGAUGUCAGCGAUGAAGAAAUUGAGCCAAACGAAUUGGAGAGACGGAUGUGGAAGGACCGUGUCAAGCUCAAGCGGCUCAAGGAAAAACAGAAGCUUGCAGCCCGGCUAGCUGCAGAGAAGCAGGACAAUAAACAAGUUACUGAUCAGGCUACGCGGAAAAAGAUGUCAAGAGCUCAAGAUGGGAUUUUGAAGUACAUGUUGAAGCUCAUGGAGGUCUGCAAUGCUCGAGGAUUUGUUUAUGGAAUCAUUCCUGAUAAGGGUAAACCUGUGAGCGGUUCGUCAGAUAACAUAAGAGCUUGGUGGAAAGAGAAGGUGAAGUUUGAUAAGAAUGGUCUUGCUGCAAUAGCCAAGUACGAAGCAGAAUGUCUAGCAAGAGGAGACGGUGUAGGCAGCCAAAAUGGGAACCCGCAAAGUGUCUUGGAAGACUUGCAAGAUGCUACCUUGGGGUCCCUUUUGUCUUCUUUAAUGCAACACUGUGAUCCGCCUCAACGGAAAUACCCGCUGGAGAAAGGUAUCUCGCCACCAUGGUGGCCAACUGGGGAUGAGGGAUGGUGGGCUAAAAUGGGACUACCUAAGGGUCAGAAACCGCCAUACAGAAAGCCUCAUGAUUUGAAGAAGAUGUGGAAAGUUGGUGUUCUAACUGCUGUCAUAAAGCACAUGUCACCUGAUAUUGCAAAGAUCAGGAGAUUAAUCCGCAAAUCGAAGAGUCUGCAGGACAAGAUGACUGCUAAGGAGAGCUCAAUUUGGCUGGCUGUUUUAAGCAGAGAGGAAGCAACCCUCCAACAAGCAGGCAGUGAGAAUGGAUCAUCUAGCGUAGAGGAACCAGCUAGAAACCGUGGUGAAAAGAAGAAACCUUUAGUUAGCAGUGACAGCGACUAUGAUGUUGAUAUCACUGAUGAUGGUAUUGGCUCUGUAUCGUCUAGGGACGAGAGGAGGAAUCAUGUUCAUCCUCUAAAUGCCAUUCCUCAAUCUCACCAAAGUACGGAGAAAGGAGAUGGACAUCAUCGGAGGAGAAAACGAGCUAGGUCAAACCCUACUGAGAAACAGAUUCAACCAUCUCAGCUACAUGGUGACGAGCAUAGUAACACAUUACCUGAUAUAAACAGUUCAAAAAUGCUAUUGGCUGGAUGUAUAACGAGUAACAGCCUACAGGGAAAUGACAAGAGUGAAACAACAAAUUCUGUAGAGAACGACUUAGAGAUUCAAUCAGAGUUACCGUUACAAGACUCAAACCUAUCAUUGGUUCCAUCAGCUAAUGUAGUCCGUAAAGAGGAUACAUAUAUAGGUGCUGGGCCAUCAUUUUAUCCGAUGUCUCAAAAUUCUGCUGUUGUCCCUUAUGAAUCAGAGAUGCAUCUUGAAAAUCAACGCUCUAUAGUUCAGCAUCAAUUUCAAGACACUCAGUUCCAUGGUCUCCAGAAGAUUUCUGGUAUAAAUGAUGGACCACAAAUUUCCCUAUCGCAUUAUGAACCUCCAAACAACGGGUUGCAAUAUGGACCUCACAGUUCCAUCACACACACUGAACUGCAAGUUUCUGAAUUUGCUCAUGGGUCUCAAUUUUCUAACUUCAGUCAACCACCUGUGUAUCACUCUUAUUCAUCACCUGAAUUUGGGGCGACACAUGCAGAACCACAGUCCCACUUGGCACACAAUGAACUUCAUAUUACGCCAAGGCAUUCUGGUGUUGGUCCAUCGCUUCAUGGAAGUGGAAAUGAUAUCCCUAAAGUCAAUCACCAUGAUGGAAAAGACAUGUUUCAGAAUAAUCACGACAGACAUAUUGAUAUGCCUUUUGCAUCUCCACUCGGCAGUCCAUUUGACUUGGGGCUUGAUAUUGAAAGUCAUUUUGAUAAUUCGGAUUAUGAUUUAGAUUUUGACAAAGAACUAAUGUCAUUCUUCGCCUCAUAGACAAGUUUAGAAUGACAGUAACUAAGGUGGAACAGAUCUUCCUAUCAUAAUGUCAGAAGUUCGACUGUAAGUUAUCAGCUUAAGUUUCUUUUCGAGAAGUCAAAUGUAAAUCCAGUGCGACAGCAAACACAAUUUUUUACAUGUUCAAGAAAAGUACCUCAUGUGAAUGGGUUAGUUUCAUGAGUAGUAAAGGCAGAAACAAUACAUAGAGUUCUUUUUAGCUUCUUUAGAAGUUGUAACUUGCUCAAAAUAUACUUGACUGUGCUGCACAAGUGAUGUAAGUGAAGGAUUUCAUUGUUACAUUAGGAUGUUUCUUGGUUCUUUGUCCCUAUAAAGUUAAGGCCUUAACUGAUGCCCAAUUUAUCACA